AUGGAUCCUGAGGCGGAGCCGCGGUGCGCUGAGAAGCUUCAAGCAGUGGGGCUCUGGGGCGAUAGUCUUGCCGCCUUGGAACCUGAAGAUGCUGAGGGGGUAGCACAACAGCUUGUCGAUGAGUUGGGGCUUCCCUUUUAUGAUGACGUGGUUUCUUGGGUCGCCAGCUGUGUUGCGAACUCGCAGGGAAUGCUUGUGCUAUCGCAAAGGGCCAGGGGGCUUCAUGGCACAGACUUGAACUGGAGACUUCUGCAACACAAGGGAGACGAGCACAAGGAUGCCAGACAGGAAGCCCCGCAGCUGGCCUUGGCACUUCCUGAGAAGGGGCGACGCAAAAGGAAGCGUAAGCUGGAUCUGGCAGCCUCGGAGCGCGAGCGCCAGGCGGCGGAGCGGCAGAAGCGUGAAGGGCUCUGUGUUCGUCUGAUGGCAGUCUUGAGGCGCUUUAAUGCUCCCUGCUUGGACGAGUUCUCGGCAGGCUUCGAGCCCGAGAGAGCUUCUGCAGUUGUCGCGGAAGGAUUAGGUGCGAUGAUAGCGGCCUUGGAAAGGCUCGUGUCGAACGAGAAGGAGGCCAUGGGGAUCCACGCGGGAGCCUAUUACAGGCUUCUGAAGUGCUGGGGCACUUUGAGGUUCAUGGCUAUCUUGGUGGCCCGGAGCGUAGGCGUGUCGAGCUGCCGAUUGCAAUCACAGAGGCUGAUUCCGCAGGAGCUGGUGGAGAUGUGGACCGAGCACAGCGAGAGGGCGACUCUGCCCACCAUCCUGGAUGGGUUCGGCCUGGAUCCAAGAGAUAGGGAUGCACUGGGAAGGAUUCAUCGAUACUUCGUUUCGGAGCUGGAGAGGUGCAUGGAACGUCUGCCCGGGGCGGAGUCCUCUGGACCCCCCCUCCGAACAGCGCGAUUUCGCCGGGUGGGAGAGGAUCCAAUCCUUCAGGAGUCGGAAGGGGAGGAUGAAGCUGCUGAGGAGGAGCCUGAGGCUCCAGCUGAGGUGCCAGAGGCGACCGACCGGACCUCAGGGUACGUCCUGGUCUUCUCGAAGCGAGGGGCAGCGCGGCUCCACCGGGCCGGGAAGGAGGGCUGUUGGAUGGCCCGUAUGAGGCACUUCAAUGAAUGCCGGAUUGUACAGGAGAUGCCAGAGCCUGAUGAAUAUUCUUAUCGAUGUAGAUUGUGCUGGCCAGGGCCGGAGGGGACAAACGACUCGAGCGAUGACUCGAGCCAGGAGUCGUCUGGCUCGGCUUCGCCGGGUAGCGAAGUUGCACAAGGCUCGGGCACAAGUCCCCAAGCGUCCUGGGAGCUUGGGAUGAAGAAAAGAGAGGAUCGUGCGAUCUCUCGGGUGCAAGGCAGCUGA